AUGUACAAUGAUCAAAUGUACAUGAUUAACUCAUUUAUUAAGGUUAUUCUUCCUCAUUCAAAAAUCACAUUGGAAAAGAAUGAUUGUGAAGGAUUUAAUAAUUCCAAAUCAAGUACAACCUCUCUCAACCAUCCAUCAUAUUUUAUUUAUGAUAUUGACAGGGAACUCAAAAUGAUCAAAUCAUCAGAUUUGACAGCACAUCUCCAUCUUUGUUACUCUCAUAUUGUAACAUCAUCAUUGUUUAGAGAUCCAUUUACUGGAUUGAGAGGAAUGGAACUUGGAGUUAUACUUUUAAAGAAAUUCAAUAACAAUAUGCCACUCAACCAAUCACAACUCAAUAUUUUAUCUGCGAUAUCCAACAUAUCACCAAAAAGAACUCAAUCCAACCACAUCCAACAAAUAACAAUAUCAUUUCCACUUCUCGCACCAAUGAUAUCACAUUAUGAUGGAUUUGUUAUUUUGGUUGAUAUGAUUAAACAAUCACAUGCUGAAAUGUCAAUAUUGUGGAUUUCCAAUCAAAAAGCAACACCACUAACUUCAACACUCAAUCGUAUUGCCUGGAAUAGAUACAAAAGAAUAUAUUCACCUCUUUGUCAAAUUGAUGGACCAAUUGACACAUCAGGAUCAUUUAUCGUCAUUGAACCACCAGCAUUUGGACAAAACACCAAAAAUGUUCAAAGAAUGGCAUCAAUCAUUGAAUCCAAGAAUAUUAAAUAUUUAGAUAAUUCAUUCAAUCCCUAUUCAAUGAUUGGUACAUCAACUAUUCAUGGAUUAGACUUUACUGACCGCAAAAACUGUGUUCCAGAGUUUCAAGAAACACCUAAUCUCAUCCACACCUAUCAGAUUCGUUCUAAUCAAGGACUAGCUGAUGCGUUUGCCACUUGGUAUCUAAAGUUAUUAAAAAUAGCAAUGGAAACUGCAAGUGAGACUUUGGUCAAUAAUUCAGUACCAAGCCCUCAUUACUUUAUCGGCUAUACUGAAAAAGAAAGGGAAAAGAAAAAGCGAGAAAUUACACAAGCAAAAGCCGAUAUUCUCAAUCGGAUCUUUACCCAAAAUAUUUGGGAGAUGGUCGGUGCAGAAAUCAUUGCUCCAACACACACCUCAUAUACACCAAUCUCUAACCCAUAUUUACAAUAUAACCAAGCAUCGUUUAAUGAAACCGUUAAAGGAAAAAUCAUUCAUUGGUACAACAAUAGACGAUUGAAAUUAUUUUUAGAAUCAAUACAAAAUCAAUUACAAGGUAAAAUUCUAUUUGACAAGAAUUUACCUCAAGAGUAUCAAAUGAUUUGGCACGUUGGUUUUGAUAAACAAUUGGAAUCAAUCUGGUCAACAUUGGGUUUUACAGGUACCAAGUCAGAAAAGAUAUCAUUUGAUAAGAUGGAUGAUUUUAUCUAUGGAAUAUACCAUAAAACUAAUUUGGAAGAAGAAUUAUUUGAUGAUUUAAAUAUCAGUAAAGAUUCGUUAAAGAAUCAUCUAUAUAUCCAACUAAAAUUUGGUAUCUUUAAUUCUCAAACAUUGGGUCGUGACCUUGAAAAGUUAUCAGUCAUUAUUCAACAGAAAAUAGAUUUGGUUUGGAAAAUAAUUCAACAGUUUUACAAAAAUCCAAAAAGAACAGAUCAAUCUCAACAAGAAUUGGAUUGUAUAUAUGAAUAUAUAGAUAGUAAUAUUGAUUUUAGAUUAGAUUAUCUAACAGAUUGUAUAUUUAAAAGUUGUCAUUCUUGGAUUGGAUGUGUACCAUUGACUGUUUAUGAAGAUUUCUCAAAUUAUUUGAUAGAUUUACCAGAUCAAAUUUAUCAACUCAUUGGUGUUCACAUUCUUUUGCAAGGUUACAAACAAAAGAUUCAGAAAUGUAAAGUCCUUAAAGGUGUUGAUUUGGUAAAAGAAUUAUCACAAAGUAGAGAGACUAGACAAUGGUUACCAAAAGAUUAUCCAACAUGGUUGGUAUUUGAAUUGGAACAAUCAAUAUGGAUCAGAGAUACUCAAGCAGAGAUUGCUGAAAAGUUGAUCAAUGCUCAAAGUAAUGAAUGUGUUCAACUACAGAUGGGUGAAGGAAAGACAUCUGUUAUUCUACCAAUCAUGUGUUUGGCAAUAUCCAAUGGAAAUAGAAUUGCCCGAGUCAAUGCAAUUCCAUCACUACUUCAAACUUAUAUUCAAGAUUUACAAAUGAGACUUGGAUCAUCAAUUCUCAAUCGACCAAUCCAUCUCUAUCCAUUCAAAAGAGAUAUUGGACCAUCAAUAUCAGUAUCACAUGUUCGAUCUAUUCUCGGCAACAUUGAAAAGUGUAACACGACGAAUUCUUAUCAGUUAUUGAAGAGGUUCUAUCUGAAUUAA